AUUGCUUUGCUACUUAUUUAAAAAAUACUUAUUAUGAUAGCAGCGGGCCAGAUAUUAUCGGGUUUCUUAUCAUUCAGUUUUAUAUAAAAUACAUUUUCACCUCAUCUGGAUUCUCAGUUGUUUCUAGGCUUUUAAAAAAAUCACUGAAAUGGCCACAUUUACUUAUCGAGGCCUUAUGGCCCCAGUUUUUACUGCUUUUAAUAAGGAUUGGUCAGUCAACACAAAAGUUAUCCCAACCUAUGCCAAAUUUCUAGCUGAUAGAGGAUUAACUUCAGUUUUAGUACAUGGUUCGACAGGAGAAGGCCCUGCCCUAUCUGUUGCAGAACGUAAAACUAUAACAGAAGCUUGGGUAGCAGCAGCCAAAACCACCAAACAACAUGUAAUGAUCCAAGUUGGAGGCUGCCCUCUACCAGACGUACUGGAGCUGGCCAAACAUGCAGAACAAGUCGGCGCUGACUCUAUACUUUGCCUGCCAGAGUUGUACUUUAAAGCGAAUACUGCUCAGGAAUUGAUUGAUUAUUUGAAAAAUGUUGCUGCCGCUGCACCAAAUACACCUUUGUUGUACUAUCAUAUACCAAUGUGGAGUGGAGUGCAUGUUAACAUGGAGCAAUUUCUAAACCUCUCAGUUGGACAAAUUCCAAGCUUCCAUGGCAUUAAAUAUACUUCAAAUGAUUUGUCAGAAGCUUACAAUGCUUUGAAGGCGGCUGAUGGAAGAUAUGCUGUAUUUUUAGGUGCUGACACAUUGGUGCAACCAGCUUUUGCGUUAGGAUUCGACUCGGUUAUAGCAACAGGUCUCAAUUUCCUUCCCGAACAUUUCGUUAAACUUGUUGCAUUAGUGAAAGAAAAUAAAAUUGUAGAAGCCAGGAAUGUCCAAGCAAAAAUCACAGCUGCAGUAAAAGCAGUGUCGAAACAUGGUCAUUGGAUUCCCACCAUGAAAGUGGCAAUGAAUAGUUUCACUUCGGUCGAUGUGGGAUUGGCCAGAGAACCUCUAAAAAAUUUAACCCAAGAACAAGUUAAGCAAAUACAGACAGAAGUGAAACAAUAUGUUUGAUAAACUCCAUGAGUUGUGAUCAAGUUGAAUAAAAAUUUAUUGUUUUUUAUUUUAUUCUUAUUCUUUUUCAAAUUCUAAU